AGUAGGUGGAGGACCAAAGAGGGAGGAACCAGAGCCGAGGGGCGGUGGAGAAGGGCGGGUAGGAGCGCUCUUCCUGGUUGGGCCCUGCCCUGAGCCGCCACCAAGGAAGCCAGCAGCAGGCACUGCAGCAAUCUCCCAAACUCCCCUCCCCCAGGAUGGCAGAGGAGUUCAUCACACCUGUGUACUGCACUGGGGUAUCAGCCCAAGUGCAAAAGCAACGGGCCAAGGAUCUGGGCUUGGGCCGCCAUGAAAACGCCAUCAAGUACCUGGGCCAGGAUUAUGAAAAGCUUCGGGCAAAAUGCCUGCAGAAUGGGGUCCUCUUCCAAGAUGAGGCCUUCCCUCCGGUGACUCACAGCCUGGGCUACAAAGAACUGGGUCCCAAUUCCUCUAAAACUUACGGCAUCAAAUGGAAGCGUCCUACGGAGCUGCUGUCAAACCCCCAGUUCAUCGUGGAUGGAGCCACCCGAACAGACGUCUGCCAGGGAUCACUGGGGGACUGUUGGCUCCUGGCUGCCAUUGCCUCCCUCACUCUCAACAAGCCUCUUCUGCACCGAGUGGUUCCCCACGGCCAGAGCUUCCAGGAUGGAUACGCUGGCAUCUUUCAUUUCCAGCUGUGGCAGUUUGGGGAGUGGGUAGACGUGGUCGUGGAUGACUUGCUGCCCACCAAGAAUGGGGAGCUGGUGUUCGUGCAUUCGGCCCAAGGCAACGAGUUCUGGAGUGCCCUGCUUGAGAAGGCCUAUGCCAAGGUGAACAGCAGCUACGAAGCCCUUUCAGGAGGCACCACCUCAGAGGCCUUUGAGGACUUUACUGGUGGCGUCACCGAGUGGUACGAUCUGAACAAAGCACCCAGAGACCUCUACCAGAUUAUUCUGAAGGCGCUGGAACGAGGCUCCUUGCUGGGCUGCUCCAUUGAUAUCUCCAAUAUCAUGGAUAUGGAGGCAACUACCCUUAAGAACCUGGUGAAGGGCCAUGCAUACUCUGUGACAGGUGCCAAGCAGGUGAAUUUCCAGGGCCAGCAGGUGAGCCUAAUCCGAAUGAGGAACCCCUGGGGUACAGUGGAAUGGAAAGGAGCCUGGAGUGAUAGCUCCUCAGAGUGGAACAGAGUGGACCCCUAUGACCGGGAACAGCUGAGGGUCAAAAUGGAUGAUGGGGAGUUCUGGAUGUCAUUCCACGACUUCUUACGAGAGUUUACCAAACUGGAGAUCUGCAACCUCACACCUGAUGCCCUUAAGAGCAGGACCAUCCGGAACUGGAACACGACUCUCUAUGAGGGCACCUGGCGCCGGGGAAGCACAGCUGGUGGCUGCAGGAACUACCCAGCUACCUUCUGGGUGAACCCUCAGUUCAAGAUCCGGUUGGAGGAGGUGGACGAUGAAGAUGACUAUAGCAGUCGGGAGUCGGGCUGCAGCUUCUUGUUGGCCCUUAUGCAGAAGCACCGGCGCCGGGAGCGUCGCUUCGGCCGAGACAUGGAGACCAUUGGUUUCGCGGUGUAUGAGGUCCCACGGGAGCUGGUGGGUCAGCCUGUGCACUUGAAGCGUGACUUCUUCCUGGCCAAUUCUUCUCGGGCACGUACAGAGUCCUUCAUCAACCUUCGAGAAGUCAGCAACCGCAUCCGCCUGCCACCAGGGGAGUAUAUCGUAGUGCCCUCCACCUUCGAGCCCAACAGGGAGGCUGACUUUGUGCUGCGUUUCUUCUCAGAGAAGGGUGCUGCGACCCAGGAGCUAGAUGACCAGAUCCAGGCCAACCUCCCUGAUGAGGAAGUGCUCUCUGAAGGAGAGAUCGAUGACACUUUCAAAACCUUGUUCAGUAAGCUGGCAGGGGAGGACAUGGAGAUCAGCGUCAAGGAGUUGCAGGUCAUCUUGAACAGGAUCAUUAGCAAACACAAAGACCUGCGGACCAAUGGCUUCAGCCUGGAGUCGUGCCGCAGCAUGGUGAACCUCAUGGAUCGUGAUGGUAAUGGGAAGCUGGGCCUGGUGGAAUUCAACAUCCUGUGGAACCGAAUCAGAAAUUACCUGACCAUUUUCCGCAAGUUUGACCUGGACAAGUCUGGCAGCAUGAGUGCCUACGAGAUGAGGAUGGCCAUUGAGGCUGCAGGCUUCAAGCUUAACAAGAAAUUGCACGAGCUCAUCAUCACCCGCUACUCAGAACCUGACCUGUCUGUGGAUUUCGACAACUUUGUGUGUUGCCUCGUGCGACUGGAGACCAUGUUCUGGUUUUUCAAAGCUCUGGACACAGACCUGGAUGGUGUUGUUACCUUUGAUCUGUUUAAGUGGUUACAGCUGACUAUGUUUGCAUGAAGUGGGGAUUCAACUCCCAUUGCCGUGUUCUUCCUUUCUUCUUCCACCAAGCCGUGCCUUCCUGCCAUGCCACCCCAGACCACGUCAGCAGCAAGUGCCUUCCUUGGACCAGGAAGCCACCCUUAUCCUCCUGUGCUUUCUCCUUCCCACUACCUCUAAGCAGCUGCUCUGGGCAGAGUCAUGGGGCCUCCCUGCCUCUGUGGCAAAGGCUCUGGACCCUGCUCAUGGCUAAGCCAGGAAGGCAGCUUGCUGCUUCUUCCUUCCUCUGGGCAGGAGCAGGCACCCCUGCCCCAACCCCUGCUAGUGUGUGGAUGUGUGUCCUCCCUAAUCUGUGGAGGCUGUGGCCCCUGCCAUCCCCAGACCUGCAGACUGUAUAACCACUAGCUAGCUCACACUGUCUGCAUCUGGGUACUGAAAGCCUCUGCCCAUAGCCAGGAUCAACUGUGCCUUCCUGUGCAGCAGCCAAGAUCCCUUUUGCAAACCACUACUCUCCUGCCCUGUGACCCCAUCAGGAACUUCCUGGCCUGGAGAGUGCUCAGGCCCUCUCCCUCCCUCCCUCCCCUCCUCCUUUUUUUUUUUUAUAAUGGUCAUUUUCAAGGGAAGGCUUGGGGGUCUAGUGCACUGGUUAUGGAGACCAGGCACUGGGGGUGGGCUAGGGAGGUCCUGUGUUUCAGUGCAGUGAAAAAAAUAAAAGAAAAAGCAGCCCA